AUGCCGCCGACAGGUAACGAGAAAGAGAACUACAACUGCAUUUUGGAAAUUAUGAAUGUUGCUGUGUGUGAAGGUCUCAGGGAGAUAUUCAAACAGGAAUGGGACAAAAAUUACGGUGCAACAAAAGGCGUAUGGGACGACACUCGUAAAUCUGGUAAUGAAUUGUAUAACAUGGAAAGCACAAGGCGGCAUGCUAAACCUUAUUUAAAUUUUUUUCAAUCUGGAAAAAGAAGUGAAUGGGAUUGCUCUGCUUUGUUUGAUGCAAUUCUAUAUUCUAAUGCGAUUAAGAAGCACUUGAGUCCACAUGUGUCCAACAAGGUUGAUGAAUUGAGGAAACUUCGAAACGAACUCACACAUACAAUUGGAUCUCAACACAAAAUCUCUGAUGUUAAAUUUGAGAACGCUUAUAAAAAAGUACAGAACUGCUUCAAAGUCCUUAAGUUAUCUGCAGCAGAUGUUGAGAAAAUUUUAAAAUCAUUCAAAGCUAAAUACGUAACUAGUUUUCGAAAAAUGAUGUAUCUUUGCCUCACAGUAUUUAUUGCUGGGUUACUUUCCAGCGCAUCCUAUUAUUGGUUUACACACCCCAUGGCAACUAAAUCAGUUUUCCGUUUCCGAGUCCUCCCAACAAGACCAAUUCAUCUGGUUGCAAACCGAAGUCAAACUGUCAACGCGAUUCUUGAAGAAUUGCACAAUCUAUCCAUCAGAAAUAACGGUUCGUUGACUUAUUUGUACCUUUCUGGAAAUCCAGGAAGUGGCAAGUCCCAGCUUGCUGGGUUAGUUGGGGAGCGAUAUGGCAGACGUUGGUCUGAGAACACCUCUUUUGUUAUGACUUUAAAAGGCGGAUCAGCGCAUGAUAUCUUGGAAUCGUAUGCAAAUUUCGCACGUCGGCUGGAUUGCACUGAAAAUGACAUAGGAAACAUCGUAAAUUCAAACAAAACUACAACGGUGAUGAAAAUACAAAGUCUCAAAAUAAGCAUUGUCAAAUUGUUGGAAGACUUCAAAAACAAAUACACUUGGUUGUUGAUAGCUGAUAAUGUUGUAAAGCUGAGUGAAAUGUCUUCAUUUCUUCCCCAACUAGAAAGUGAUGACUGGCAAGGUGGCCAAGUGUUAAUUACCACACAAGACAUGUCUUCUGUGCCAUCAAACAGUUCUUUGACUGUCCAUCUUUCAGUCAGCCAAGGUAUGGAUCCAGAAGAAUCAUGUGAGUUUCUUACAGAUCUAUCUGGGCUUGUUGGAAAUCAUGAUUUAGUAAGCAAAGUAGCAAAAUAA